AUGGUUAAACCUCUGGCACCUAUUGGACAAAAGAGUCCUACCAAUUUAUUCAAGGAUUCCCACGAGGAUAGUAAAAGUGAUUCUGAUUUAUUGCAGCAUCAUUCAAGCCUUGAUAGCAGUGGAAAAAUUAAAGACAAAAACCUGUUGGAGAAACACUCAAAGUUAUCGUUAGGGCAUGAAAACAGAAAGAAAUCACCCACUACUAGUAUUCGUGCUAAGAAAUUAUUUAUUCAGGAUGGCGAAUCGUCAUUAGUGGAUAGAAAUGGACAAACAACAUCAAAUGAACUAUUCUAUCCAUCCUUACCUAGUAAUGAAUUGAGUGAAAUAACCGAUUCUACAGCUAAAGGCCUUAGUUUAUCUAGUACAUGGCCUAAAAUGACGAAUAAUGAAGAUAGUAAAGAUGAUGUAAAUCGUGUAAACUCUUUAGAUCGCGAAUCCAGUCAUGAGCAAGCAGAAGAUUCCUCACCAUUACCUAUGAAACCAAAGUUAGCUCGUUCUGCACAGCGGCGUAAAAAACAGCUAAAAAAAAUGCACUAUGAUACUAAUAGCCAAGAAUCUCUUAAAACAGGAAGUAAUGCGUUAGCAGGUAACGACACUCCUGCCAAGGAAUCCAAAUCAUCUGAUGUUAAUCGAGAUAUAGAUUCAAGAAGGUCCAAUGCAGAAUCAACUCGAAGCCAAACAGGAAAAUCAUCUAUAUCACAGGUUGUUGAUAGCGGUUUGGGGAGCUGGACAGGUGUACGAUCACAAAUAUCUCACGAUAGCGGCGAAUUAAGUGAUACUGGAUCAAAUUUGAGCUAUUUUACGAAUACUACUUCUAAUGAUAUUGCUUCUAAUGCAUCCUAUGGCGAACAAAAACUUUCACAAAAUCCCAGUAGCCUUUCCAAUCGCAGCGAUGAUAGUACAUCAAGGACCAGUUCUCCACCUGUUCCAGCUUUAGCUAAAAAACUAGCUAAUACUGAUUCCUAUCUUCAUUUUAUGGCCGAUUUUGGCAACUCUGAGGAUAAUUUACAAACCUAUCCUUCACCUAGUAAUAAAAAACUCAAUCCAAGAAGGAAACUACAAUUGCAUGAUGAAACAAUAACUCCAUCCCAUAAAAAUUCUAGCGAAGAUUAUCCAGAGUCCAUAUCGUUACAAGAUAAAGACGAUGUUAUGGUAGUGGGCCAUAAAAUGUUAAAUAAAUUAGGCGCAUCGUCUAGUGUUAUGGCCAAUUAUUCUGCUAAUGGCAGUGAUAGUAGGCGCAAUAGUGUCCAACAGGUCGAUAAAAACAUAACCGGUAACAUGCCGUCAGCGCUCGUUGGUAAACGCAUGAGAAAUUCGUCGCAAGAUGGCGAAAUGGAAUCACCAGCAGUCAGUACUACAUUAUCAAAGGUAACACAAGAACGUUUGAAAGCAAGAGAACAACCUCGUCUUGAGAAAGUAAGACAACGAAAAGCAGACCAACAUUCUUCUCGCUUAUCCGAUACACAAGCACCUAGUACGUUAGACGGCCACGCAGUAGGAGCUCGGACGUUAACAAAAAACGCAUCUAAUCAAGCCAACGAAUCAGCACCUUCCGACGAUACUAGCGGACGACAGAGAACAUCUGCUGUAUCACAUAGUUCUGCAGUCAAAGACGGCAAUACCGUUAUUCCGGUUGAAGAGUUAAAGCCUGUCAGCAAUCCAGAAGCGGCUUUGCGCGAUGCAUUAAAGAAUAUAGCAAAUCCAGAAUGGGAAACAAAACACAAAGGAAUUACACUUAUCCGAAGACUAUGCCAACAUCACAGUGGCGUAUUAACUCCACAACUUCAUAGUAUUCUUGUUCCUGUAGUCAGCGAGGUCAAGAAUUUACGUUCACAGAUUGUACGGAAUGCCUGUGUAUGCUUGAAAGAAUUGUUUAACGUUUUGGGCAAACAAAUGGAUCAGGAUCUUGAUCUCACCACUAAAACAUUAAUAUGUAAAGCUUCUGAUACCAACGUCUUUUUAUGGGAUGAUGCCGAGAAAGCAUUAAAAGCGAUGGUUGCUAAAGUAACGCCAACAAAAUGCGUUUUUACCCUUAUUAACGAAGGCUCUGGCCAUAAGAACGCAGUUAUUCGAAAAGCGACUGCAGCCUUAUUGGAGCCAGCAAUAGAGAGGUUAGGAGUUGGACGAUUACUAGGUGGGCCGAGAGAAAUUGCAGAAAAGGUAAUCCCUGUCAUUGAAAAGUUUACAAGUGAAGGCUCUUCGGAAACAAGGUAUUAUGCGAAGUCAAUCAUCUGUAAGUUAAUACCACAUCCAGAAUUUGAAAAACAUGUUAGGCGAGUAUUGCCAGAUUCUAAAGCCCGCCAUUUAAUGGAUAUUGCAGAAACUCUUAGUACGAAGGGAUUAGGCAGCAAGCCAACCGAUACUCCAUCAGCUAAGCAACGGCAAUCACAAGCUAGUGGAAGUGUCACAGAUGGUUCACGCUUAAGCAGAUUUGGUUCGGCCGGCAAUGAUGCACAAUCACCGGGAAAUUCAUCAGUAACUCGAACUAAACGCUCUCCAAAUCGAACAGCAAGACAGGAAUCGCAACUUGAUCUACCCGAUGGCAUGCUAGAUGAUUUAGUAUCCCAAAGUUGGACAGAUCGAUCAACCGCAAUUGAGCAACUUGUCAGUUAUGUCAAUACCUGUAAUAUAUCUUCCUUUGCGUCACACAUUGUAAAGGUCUUUGAUAAGUUUACUCCGCGAUUAACAGACUCAAUGAGCAAGGUUAAUAUUAAAGCACUAGGAGCACUUCAAGCAAUGAUUCCUCGCCUUCGUGAGCAUUUAGGCCCAGUUAUGAAUUCUGUGGUGCCAGCGUUAGCCAGUAAUUUAGCUUCAAAGAAAAAGAGUAUUCAUGAUGCUGCCUUACAGACACUUCAUGCUCUAGUAACACAUUUAGAUAAUACAAUACUUAUACCAUCCUUUGCUAAUGCCUCUUUGCAAAGUAGUAUAAGAAGUAAACCUGAAAUGAUUGAAAAAUUAUCAGAAUUAGUCAAGACAGCGUAUGAUCGAAAGCCUCAACUUGUUACUCAUCAUGUCUUACCGGUUAUUUGGGAUUUGUUGGGUGGAUCAAGUGCAAGCGCAAGUAUGCGGUCUGCUGUUAAUAAGUUAUGCUCUACGGCCUAUUCAUGUAUGGGCAAUACCUUGUUGGAAACAGCUAAAAGUCAAUCGUUGAAAUUAUAUCAUGCAAUAAAGGAAUUAUUGGGAAUAUCUUAG